AGCCCGGGCGUUCGGCCCUCGAGGACGAGCUCCCCCCAGCCCGGGCCUCUCACCGGCGCGGGGGCGGGCCAGGGGCGGGGCCGGGGCCGGGCGGGGCGGGGCGGGGCUCGCGCCAGAGCCCCCAGCUCCGCCGCUGCUUCGCCCGCGAGUCCUGAGGCAGUCGAGCGGCUUGGUCGCCCCCACCGACCCCAUGGCAGCCCCCGGCGCCCCAGCUGAGUACGGCUACAUCCGGACCGUACUGGGCCAGCAGAUCCUGGGACAACUGGACAGCUCCAGCCUGGCGCUGCCCUCCGAGGCCAAGCUGAAGCUGGCGGGGAGCAACUGCCGCGGCGGCCAGACGGUCAAGAGCCUGCGGAUCCAGGAGCAGGUGCAGCAGACCCUCGCCCGGAAGGGCCGCAGCUCUGUGGGCAACGGAAAUCUUCACCGAACCAGCAGUGUUCCUGAGUAUGUCUACAACCUACACUUGGUUGAAAAUGAUUUUGUUGGAGGCCGUUCCCCUGUUCCUAAAAACUAUGACACGCUAAAGGCUGGCACAGUUGCCACUUAUGAAGGACGCUGGGGAAGAGGAACAGCACAGUAUAGCUCCCAGAAGUCCAUGGAAGAAAGGUCCUUGAGGCAUCCUCUGAGGAGAUUGGAGAUUUCUCCCGACAGCAGCCCGGAGAGGGCUCACUACCCGCCUAGCGAUUACCAGUACAGCCAGCGAAGCCAGGCUGGGCACACCCUGCGCCACCAAGAAAGCAGGCGGGCCGCUCUCCUGGUGCCACCGAGAUACGCUCGCUCCGAGAUCGUGGGGGUCAGCCGUGCUGGCACCACAAGCAGGCAGCGCCACUUUGACACUUACCACAGACAGUACCAGCAUGGCUCUGUUAGCGAUACCGUCUUUGACAGUGUCCCUGCCAACCCAGCCCUGCUCACAUACCCGAGGCCAGGGACCAGCCGCAGCAUGGGCAACCUCUUGGAGAAAGAGAACUACCUGACCUCAGGCUCCACCGUUGGGCAGGGCAGGCCGCUGGUGCCCCUGCAGCCCCUCACUCAGAACAGGGCUUCCGGGUACUCCUGGCACAAGAGCUCCUUCCACAGCACCCGCACGCUGAGGGAAGCUGGGCCCAGUGUGGCCGUGGAUUCCGUAGAUUCCGGCGGGAGGAGAACGCACUUGACCGUGGGCCAGGUGGCGGCAGGGGUGAGUGGGAAUCUGCUCACUGAAAGAAGCACUUUCACUGACUCCCAGCUCGGGAAUGCAGACAUGGAGAUGACUCUAGAGCGAGCAGUGAGUAUGCUUGAUGCAGACCACACGCCGCCGUCCAGGAUUUCUGCUGCAGCCACUUUCAUACAGCAUGAGUGCUUCCAGAAGUCUGAAGCUCGGAAGAGGGUUAACCAGCUUCGUGGCAUCCCCAAGCUUCUGCAGCUCCUGAAAGUUCCGAAUGAAGAUGUUCAGCGAGCUGCGUGUGGGGCCUUGAGAAACUUAGUAUUUGAAGACAAUGACAACAAAUUGGAGGUGGCUGAACUAAAUGGGGUACCUCGGCUUCUCCAGGUGCUGAAGCAAACCAGAGACUUGGAGACUAAAAAGCAAAUAACAGGUUUGCUGUGGAAUUUGUCAUCUAAUGACAAACUCAAGAAUCUCAUGAUAACAGAAGCACUGCUUACGCUAACAGAGAACAUCAUCAUCCCGUUUUCUGGGUGGCCUGAAGGAGACUACCCAAAAGCCAAUGGUUUGCUCGAUUUUGACAUAUUCUACAACGUCACUGGAUGCCUAAGAAACAUGAGUUCUGCCGGCCCUGAUGGGAGAAAAGCGAUGAGAAGAUGCGAUGGACUCAUUGACUCACUGGUCCAUUAUGUCAGAGGAACCAUUGCAGAUUAUCAGCCAGACGACAAGGCCACGGAGAAUUGUGUAUGCAUUCUUCAUAACCUGUCCUACCAGCUGGAGGCAGAGCUCCCAGAGAAAUAUUCCCAGAACAUCUAUAUUCAAAACCGGAAUAUCCAGACUGACAACAACAAAAGUAUUGGAUGUUUUGGCAGUCGAAGCAGGAAAGUAAAAGAGCAAUACCAGGACCUGCCGAUGCCAGAAGAGAAGAGCAACCCCAAGGGUGUGGAGUGGCUGUGGCAUUCCAUCGUGAUAAGGAUGUAUCUGUCCUUGAUCGCCAAGAGCAUCCGAAACUACACACAGGAAGCAUCCUUAGGAGCUCUCCAGAACCUCACAGCUGGAAGCGGACCAAUGCCGACGUCAGUAGCUCAGACAGUUGUCCAGAAGGAAAGUGGCCUGCAGCACACCCGAAAGAUGCUGUAUGUCGGUGACCCAAGUGUGAAAAAGACGGCCAUCUCACUGCUGAGGAAUCUGUCCCGGAACCUUUCUCUGCAGAAUGAAAUUGCCAAAGAAACUCUCCCCGAUUUGGUUUCCAUCAUUCCUGACACAGUCCCGAGUACUGACCUUCUCAUUGAAACUACAGCCUCUGCCUGUUACACAUUGAACAACAUAAUCCAAAACAGUUACCAGAAUGCACGGGACCUUCUAAACACUGGGGGCAUCCAGAAAAUUAUGACCAUCAGUGCAGGCGAUGCCUAUGCCUCCAACAAAGCAAGUAAAGCUGCUUCUGUCCUCCUGUAUUCUCUGUGGGCGCACACGGAACUCCAUCAUGCCUACAAGAAGGCUCAGUUUAAGAAGACAGAUUUUGUCAACAGCCGGACUGCCAAAGCCUACCACUCCCUUAAGGACUGAGGAAAAUGAAAACGUAUUCUCAGCUGCAAAAAACCCCAAAGGAAAACACCUAUUUUUCUACUACCCAGCCCAAGAAACGUCAAAAGCAUGCCUUGUUUCUAUCCUUUUCUAUUUCCAUGGUUCCCCAAAUCCUGCAAACAAAUAGAACAUAAUUUUAUGAGUCUUCCAGAAGACUUUUGCAAGUUGCCACCAGUAGAUACUGGCCUCAGGCUCUGUUUUACCCCCUACAAAUAGUGGUCCUUAUUAUUGGGCUUAUGGUGCAUGGCCUCCUGGAACCAAAAUAUGAAUUCAUGUGGAAUGGGCAUUCAUCCAGUAAACAAGGAAAGAAGCUGUUGCAUUACUGGGAUUUUAAAAGUUUUAUUUACAUUUAUACUCCUUUUCUGGGUCGCUUGUUUUGUCACUCAUGUGCACAUUGCUUCCCCACUGGGCCACGAGUGUGUUGUUCUGCAGUGUUGAAACAGAAUGGAAAUGACAAGAAAUGUCUGCAGUUAUCCAGGAGAAAGUAGAAUGGCAAAAUUGUUUGUUUCUUGGUUUACCUUGUACUUGUUUUUAUGCCCUUGAGUUGUUUUUUUUUUCUCUUAUUUUUAAGUUAAGAAAUUUAGAUUACAGAAUAUGCAUGACUGUGAGAAAAAAAUUGAGAGGAAGUGAUCAUAGCAAAUUAAAAAAUCUUUUCCUCCCAGAACUUAAAAUAAAAUUAAUAAAAAUAAAAAUCUUUUCCACAGAGAAAGGCAACUGUGAUUAUAAAAUUUAACAUUCUCCCAAACAUUGAGUGAAUGAGAUUUUUUGCUCAGGAAAUACUUCACCUGUAACACAUUAUUAAAUGCAAAUCUCUUCUAAACAAUGGCAUUCCGUGCAGUGUCUUUCUUGGGCUUUUUUGGUCACUGCCCUGAACUAGUGGAAGAAUGGACUCUAGUCUUUUUUUUUUUUUGAGAUGGAGUUUUACUCUUGUUGCCUAGGCUGGAGUGCAAUGCUGCAAUCUCAGCUCACUGCAACCUCUGUCUCCCAGGUUCAAGUGAUUCUCCUGCCUCAGACUCCCAAGUAGCUGGGACUACAGGCACAUGCCACUAUGCCCAGCUAAUUUUGUAUUUUUAGUGGAGAAGGGGUGUCCCCAUGUUCGUCAGGCAGAUCUCGAACUCCUGACCUCAGGUGAUAUGCCUGCCUCAGCUUCCUGAAGUGCUGGGGAUUAUAGGCGUGAGCCACUGUGCCUGGCUCUAGUCUUUAUCUACAAGAGGAACGAAGGCCUUCUAUCAGACUGCCCAGCCAGCCUGGGCCACUGAAAAUACAGCUCAUUUUAAUGAGUUACUUUAUCAACCAGCCCAGCUUUGCCCCACAUUUAAGAAAUACCACAAAGCCACUAACUCUCAUAUGAUCUUCAUCAAGCCAUUAUUUUAACUCAAGAAAACUCUAGAGAAGAAAAAUGAAGAAGUCAUGUGGAAGAAGAUAUAAGAAUGUCAGGACCAUCCAGAAAUGAUAUGAGAAAUACUGACGUUUUAAAAGGUGACAUCAUCCAGUGAAGUGAAUCUAUAUUAAGUGUUAUUUUAACUGCGCUAUGAUUAAAACCUUCAUAUAGAGUUAGUCUUCAAAACUAUUCUGUUAUAUUUUGCUUUUUAAAAAAAAAAAAAAUCUGAGAACGUUUGUCAUAAGGAAGAAAAUUCUUCAACUCCUUUUGACCAGAAAAGAGUAAUAGAAAAUAAAUUUUGAAUGUGUACUUGUCUUUAUUAUAUUUGAAACUAAAAUUUUUUUCAAAAUUUAAAAGCAGAAUGAGGACAACUUACAUUACUAACCUAGUACAAAAUGGAAUUAUUUAGGUACCAAUUUCUAAAAUACUGGAGAGAAUUUAUGUCUUUUUCCAGAGUUCUGAUGAUAUGCAUUUGGAGUGCAUUUAUUCCUCCAGGCAAUAAAUGUAUGUUCAAGAGCUUUUUGUGUUUUUUAAGGCAUUAAUAAAGCCUUCAAUAAUAUUAAAUACAAAAUGACACAGAA